UUCAAUAUCCAAGUACUUCCCAGAACAAUUAGAACUACAUACAUAAAGAAUGAUGUAACACGAUGGUUAAUCAAAAAGGUUGUAAAUGUUCCUUCUGUGCCUUUAACAGCCACAUACAGUAAUUGGAUAAAAAUCAGGUGGUGAAACUCCAUGACUAAUUCUUCAGACCUAAAAAACUUGAAUUUUUCCUAUUUAAGUGAGAUCUCUGACAAAAACUAUCUGUGUUAUCUGAAAGUCUUCUCUGCUUUUCAAAACAGCGAUUUGGUUUUCCUUUCAGUACUACACAGUCCUUCAGUUUGCCCAGCUUUGGUGGGAAUAAUGGAAGAAAGCUAGAAGCCUGUGAUGACCUUAACCCAGCCUACUUGCCUAAAGGCCUUAAGCAGAAUCCCCCCUGACAGUUUUAUUGAAUCUGUUGAACGUUUUUGGGCCAAAGAGUUUCAGAAGAAGAAUUGAAAUCGUUAACGGACAUCUGCUUUCAUAGAAUGGCCCAGAUAUCUAGCAGCAAUGAAUUUAAACAACGUUCAUCACCAGUUUUGGAUCCAGCAAGACCCAAAGACGUGGACAAAGAAGAAGCACUGCAAAUGGAAGCUGAAGCUCUGGCUAAGAUGCAAAAAGAAAGAGUAGUGGUCGAGAGUAGACAAAAGAGUGAUACCUUAAGCUACUCUUGGCCAAGUGUACAGUCCUGCAGGAAACAAGAUCAUGAUCUUAUGGUGUUUCCAGAGUCUGAUGGCAAGAAGAAGGUGGAUGAUAAGUUAAAUUCAAUUGACAUAGACAAACUUACAUGUGCUGAAUUAGAGAAACUUCUUUUAGAAGAAAAUCUUGAAUCCCACAAACCAUCUACCUUGUCAGCCACUCAGAUUCUUGGGGCAUCAUCUUCACAAUUUUAUUCUCACCCUGUUUCUCAAAGCGGGCAGUGGACAUCUAGUUUGCCUGCGUCUUCCAGUAGUGCCCGAUCUUCUGUUUACUCCGUACCUUCUUUAACCAAACAAGUUGGUAUAUUUCAGAAUGGCUUUCAUCCAGGUGUAUCCACUUACCAAUCUACAAAGCCUGUCUAUCUUUGUCUUCCAGAAAGGUCUCAAUACAUUUCAUACCCACUGCCAUUUACUUCAAGUUUCCAUCCACAAGGAAGUGUACCUAUGUAUCAUUCAGCACUUACCCCUGAAAUGGCAAAAGUAUUUGAUAAGAUUGCAAGUACUUCAGAAUUUCAAAAAAAUGGGAAAUCAAAGACAGACUUAGAGAUGACUGGUGCUAAACCUACUCUUAGUUUGCCAACCUCCGAAAGCUCCAGUGAUAUUAGUAAAUUUGAUUGGUUGGAUUUAGAUCCUUUAAGUAAACCAAAGGUGGACAAUCUAGAUAUAUUUUAUAAUUCAGAAGAUGGAGGAAAGAUAACGAAUGCUAAAAUUGUAGAAGAUCCUUGGGACGCUGUGCUACUGGAAGAGAAAUCUCCAGGAAAGAGCCAUCUUGAAAGAAAACUUAGUGGAAAAUCUGCUUCUGAGGCCACAGUUACAAGAAGUCAGUCUUUAAACAUUCGAACUGCUCAGCUUGCUAAAUUACAGGGCCAAACUUCACAGACAGACAAUGGGACCAGUAGCCUGCCAGGAGAAAACAAGCUUCUAAAAAAUGUUGAAUGGCAAAAUCAAGAACAAGCAGCAUUUUGUGAUGCCAUUGCAAAAUUAAGGACCAAGUUUCCUCAUACCAAGCAUGAUACAAACUUGGGUUUCGUGUUGAGUCCAGUCAUGUUGCAAAGAAAUGUAAGUGGAGAGAACUCCAGCAUCAAGAUUUCAAUAGAAAUUGGGGGUUUUCAACAACCAGUGACAUUCACAUGUGAUGUGAGUUCUCCAGUUGAACUUAUAAUAAUGCAGGCUCUUUGCUGGGUACAUGAUGACUUGAACGAUGUAGAUAUUGGCAGUUAUAUUUUAAAAGUUUGUGGACAAGAAGAAGUUUUACAGAACAAGCAUUCUGUUGGAAGCCAUGAGUAUAUUCAAAACUGCAGAAAGUGGGACACAGAGAUUAUUCUACAAUUAUUAACUAAUAAUAAUAUUUGUAGAGAUCUCGCACGAACAGUAGAGGAUGAUGGGACAACAAUAGAUUUGACAAAACAUCUCUGCCAUGUAAAAAAGCUUUUCAGAGAGACCAUUCAGAGCCACUCUCUUGAAGAACUAUUAGAAGCUUAUCACAAUCAAGUUGACAUACUGCUUAAAAAUAAGAAUCGGUUUAAAGCAAUGGAACCAGUCAUCAAAGCUGUCAGAAAAAUUUGCUAUUCAUUAGAUGGGGUAGAGACUCCAGAAAUUACUGCAGCUGUAAAGAAUCUAAGAAGAACAGUUAACCUUCCAGGGAAUAAGAGCCCUGAGGGAUCUAUAAUAUCAUCUGAUGACACUAGCAAGACUCCAAUUGGUUCUUCGCAAUCUGAAAAUCCUCUUCAAAUGAGCAUAGAUCAACUGACCUCUGCAGUCCAUGCUCUUCUUCAACUCUACUUGAACUCAUACCACAGUCCUUCAUUAAGCACUCCAGGGACUACGAAAAGCACUAAAGAAGCAUGGACUGCCACAGAGCAUCUCCAGUUCACCAUAUUUGCUGCUCAUGGAAUUCCUAAUAACUGGGUUUCAGUCUAUGAAAAAUAUUAUCUGGUUUGCUCUUUGACCCAUAAUGGAAAAGAUCUCUUCAAACCAGUCCAGUCCAAGAAGGUUGGCACAUAUAAGAAGUUCUUCUAUUUGAUUAAAUGGGAUGAAUUAAUAAUUUUUCCCAUCCAAAUUUCUCAGUUGCCAUUAGAGUCCAUCCUAUGCCUUACUCUUUUUGGUAUUUUAAAUCAAAAUGGUUCACCAGAUUCAAAUAAACAGAGAAAAGGCCCAGGAAUGUUGGGUCAGGUUUCGUUACCGCUCUUUGACUUUGAACGAAUGUUAACAUGUGGGACAAAACUUUUACAUCUUUGGAUAUCUCCUCAAAACUUAAAUACUGUCUCUGGAGUAGCCCAUAGAAAAGGAAACCUAAUGGAAAGGAUAAUGUUGCAGGUUGACUUUCCUUCUUUACCAUUUGACAUUAUAUACAAAAUUCCUCAGGCUGCAAACAACUCCACAUGUAAUUCUAUAGAAACAUUGGAAAAAGAUUCAAGGGAGCGUCUUCUUUCCAUUAUUUCCAAAGAGGGUACAUAUGGAUUAUCUAGGAAAGAUAAGGCAUUUUUAUGGGAGAAGCGACAUUAUUGUUGCACACAUUCAGGCAGCCUGCCUAAGAUCCUGGCUAGUGCUCCAAGCUGGGAUUUGACUAAUCUUCCUGAAAUAUAUUUGCUACUUCAACAGUGGCCUCCUUUACCUCCACUUACUGCAUUAGAAUUGCUGAAUGCAAAUUUUGCAGAUCAAGAAGUAAGAACAAAAGCUGUACAGUGGAUUGAGGCAAUAAACGAUGAUGAACUUGCGGACCUUCUUCCCCAGUUUGUUCAGGCAUUAAAAUAUGAAACUUAUCUGGACAACUCUUUAGUCAGAUUCCUCUUGGCCCGAGCAUUAGGAAAUAUUCGAAUAGCACACUACCUAUAUUGGUUACUAAAGGAUACCUUGCAUGAUACCAAACAUGGAAUAAGGUAUGAGCAUAUCCUUGGUGCCUUCCUUUCCAUCUGUGGCAAAAAUCUGAGAGAAGAGCUGGAAAGGCAGUCAAGACUUGUGCAGAUCUUAGGAAUGGUUGCAGAAAAAGUCAAGCAGACGAGUGGAUCAGCCAGACAGAUGGUUCUGCAAAGUGGAAUGGAACGUGUCCAGUCUUUUUUCUUGAAAAACAAAUGCCGCUUGCCUCUCAGCCCCAGUCUUGUAGCUAAAGAAUUGAAUGUGAAGGCAUGUUCCUAUUUCAGUUCUAAUGCAGUUCCUCUUAAAAUUGCUUUUGUGAAUGCAGAUCCUUUGGGAGAAGAAAUUAAUGUAAUGUUUAAGGUAGGAGAAGAUCUGCGCCAGGAUAUGUUAGCAUUGCAAAUGAUAAAAAUCAUGGAUAAGAUCUGGUUACAGGAAGGACUGGAUUUGAGGAUGGUUAUGUUCAAGUGCCUUGCAACUGGCAAAGAUAGAGGAAUGGUAGAACUUGUUCCAGCUUCAGAUACCCUUAGGAAAAUUCAAGUGGAGUAUGGAGUGACAGGAUCCUUUAAAGAUAAGCCUCUUGCAGAAUGGCUAAGAAAAUACAACCCUACAGAAGAAGAAUAUAAAAAGGCUUCUGAAAAUUUCAUCUAUUCCUGUGCUGGGUGUUGUGUGGCUACCUAUGUUCUAGGCAUCUGUGAUCGCCACAAUGAUAACAUAAUGCUUCGAAGUACAGGACAUAUGUUUCAUAUUGAUUUUGGAAAAUUCUUGGGGCAUGCUCAGAUGUUUGGAAGCUUUAAGAGGGAUCGGGCUCCUUUUGUACUGACAUCAGAUAUGGCUUACGUUAUCAAUGGUGGAGAAAAGCCCACAAUUCGUUUCCAGCUGUUUGUUGAUCUCUGCUGCCAAGCUUAUAAUCUAAUCAGAAAACAAGCCAACCUUUUCCUUAAUCUGCUGUCACUGAUGAUGUCUUCUGGCUUGCCAGAACUUACUGGAGUUCAAGAUCUCAAAUAUGUCCAAGAUGCUCUUCAGCCCCAAACUACUGAUGCUGAGGCUACCAUUUUCUUCACAAGGCUAAUUGAAUCAAGCUUGGGAAGUGUUGCUACAAAGUUCAACUUUUUUAUUCACAACCUUGCUCAACUGUGUUUCUCAGGGCUGCCUUCUAACGAUGAGCCAAUCCUAUCUUUUUCACCCAAAACAUACUCACUCAAACAAGACAGUCAUAUCAAAGAAGCAUCUGUUUUUACCUACCAUAAGAGAUACAACCCAGAUAAAUAUUAUAUCUAUGUGGUCAGAGUUUUGAGAGAGGGGCAAACUGAACCCACAUUCAUUUUCCGCACAUUUGAUGAGUUUCAGGAGUUACACAACAAGCUUGGAAUCUUAUUUCCUCUUUGGAAAUUACCAGGCUUUCCUAGUAAGAUGGUUCUAGGAAGAACUCACGUAAAGGAUGUAGCAGCCAAGAGGAAAGUAGAGCUAAAUAGCUACAUACAAAGUUUAAUGAAUGCAUCAACAGAUGUAUCGGAGUGUGAUCUCGUUUAUACUUUCUUCCAUCCCUUACCUCGUGAUGAAAAAGCUGAAGGAAUUGAUGGAAUAACUAGGUGUACAGAUGUAGGCCCUUCAAGUCCUACCUCAGGCAAAGUAGGAGGAAAAGUUAAGUUGUCCAUCUCCUAUAGAAACAAGACUCUGUUUAUCAUGGUGAUGCACAUUAAAGAUCUGGUUACUGAUGAUGGUGCAGAUCCUAACCCUUAUGUAAAGACGUAUUUGCUUCCAGACACGCAUAAAACCUCUAAACGGAAAACCAAAAUAUCACGGAAAACUAGAAAUCCAACGUUCAAUGAAAUGCUUGUGUACAGUGGAUAUAGCAAAGACACGCUCAAGCAAAGGGAACUUCAGCUAAGUGUACUCAGUGCUGAAUCUCUGCGUGAAAACUUUUUCCUGGGUGGUAUCACUCUUUCUUUAAAGGAUUUUAACUUAAGCAAGGAGACUGUGAACUGGUACAGGCUUGCUGCUGCACCAUACUUAUGAACCUGACAACUUGCAGAGCUGAAGAUACGAACUAAGUAAUCUUAACUCCAUUUGUAUAUGAUCACUUUUCUCUACUUGAAGAUAAUCCAUACACUUUAGCUUGAAACACUGCAAUUUGGUGGAUUAUAGUUGGACCAGCCUUAGCAAAACUUUAUACAAGACUUCUGGCAAGUCAUCUGCUUUAUGCUUUAACUGCAAUAAUAUCUAAGCAUUGAUGUAUAUGAAUUGUAUAAAUGUAAUACUUGUUAUAAAUGCAGUUUUGAAUAUGAAGAAAUGUUUCAAAUUCAAUAUGAGGGGGUUAUCCUGAAUUCAUUUCAAUGCUCUUU